CCGGUCUCAGGCUCCCACUGUGUCGGAGAAUCUGUUGUUCCCAUCCGAGGCCACCCGCACCGCCGCGUGACUCCAGUGUGCCUCUAAAGUUGUACUGUGAGGACAGCAGUCAUGCUACAAUCGUCCGGCCGCACCUUGAGUACCAUGCAGUGUUUAUCACUCUGAGGAGCAUCCCCAUCUUCACAGUACAGUGAUAUCUCUACCGCAACAGUGACUGGAACCGCUUCAACAUCAACAGUACUAGUACUAUAUAUAUACCCUGCCCAGCGGUAUCGCGCGUCAGCCAACUGCUGCGUCAUCCGUCUCAGCCAAGCGAUCACGGGGACCAGACCAAUUUACCGCAGGGUCUGCCGGUGCCAGUGUUCGAGGCCUUUUGCCUGCGCAGUUUCGCUUCUCUACCACUCAGAUUGCUACUCAGCAACUACCACGAGAAAGCCCUGGACUCCUUUGACGGAUCGACUACUAGUACUAGCCUUGCCCGUCGAACCACCCUGUCUGCCCCUCGUCUUCUGUUUUGUGUCCAGGGCAAUAUCGGACCAGUCAAUCGAAUCCACCUCGCCGCUUCGAUAUUUGAUAAACUCCAUUUUCUCCGGCAUUGCUCAACAUCACCAUAUCAACAUCCUUUCCAGCUGAUGCUGUGAUCGCACGACCAGACGGUGUCGUGUUUUCCCGUCUCGAUUGACAUCUUUCACCGUGGCUUCCCCAAGUCUCCAAACUUGGGUUUCCGAACUCUCGCAGCAUUUCCUCAGCCUGACCCAACCGCUGCUACAAUAUUUGCCCGCCGACAUCCACGAAGCCGUCAAUACCGCGCUUACAGACUAUUCGACCGCCUCGUUUACUACCGUCGCCGCAGUCCUUCUUUCCCUCCUCUUCUUCCUCUUCCGCUCUCUGAUGAGUGCCUACGGUAACUACGGUACCUAUGGUGGUGGCCGUAGUGGUGGCUCUCCUUACACCAGCAAUGUCGCCGACCCGUAUACCCGCAAUUUGUCGAACCACUUCGAGUACAUUGAUGCCGACCAUGAUAUUCUACAAGACCCUUACCAAUCGUCGGGAACAAGAGGACACACCAAGGAGGACGACCCAGAUGCCCCGGAUGUCAUAAUGGUCCGGUACAUGGCCACUCUACUGCCUGUCCAGUUUCCCCCAUAUUCUAUCAGUGAAGGGAAAGCCUACGUCCAUCAACUGAGAAAUGCCGUCGCCAAAUGGCUACAAACUGACCCUAGGCGGGUGAGACUGGUCUACAAAAAGCGCGACUUGAAACAUGAUUCCUGGCCCCUCAGAAAAUACCGCAUGAAGCAAAAUAGCGAAGUCGCAGCCAUCCUGACCGAAGGCACCCUCGACUACAGCGAUAGGGAGAGUCAUACGUCCAGUGGAGAGGACAGCGUGGCGUCUUCCAACCAAAACCCGCGCCGGCGGCCUCGAGCAUUGUCGUCUGUCAGACACCGUAGCGACGAUCAAAUUCCACAACCUACGCCGUCGAGCAGCUCACAGUUUCUCUCCCCCAACGGUCACGUUUCUUCCAAAUCGAAACAAUCAUCUGGUGGCAAUCGAAAGGGAGAUCUGGACGAUCGUAGCAACCGACGGGACCCGUCACGAAAUCGAGGAACAGGACCUUCUGGUGCUCCCACUCCGAGCGCAACCCCGGCACCAACGACACGCGCUGCAGACCCCAGUACUCCUUUGGGAAAACUACAAACGUUGUCCGAUGUGUUUCAUGAGGAGUGGCUUCCUCUUUGCCGCAAGUUCAUCUCCAACCCCCCUUCGGAUCCUGAGGCCAGAUUAAAAGAGCACCGCAAGCUGAGCGAGAGCGUAAUGCAACACAUCACACUCAAAGCCGAUGCUGUUGACGUCGAUUCUCCUGAAACUCGCACCUUCAGGAAGGCUUUGCUUGGUGAAGUGGACUCCACGAUGAAGUCACUGGAUGCUGCACUGAAAAGAUAAUCGCCAGAAAGAGUGAUGGGUGCGCAGUUCAGACAUUGACUGGCGUUCAAGUUGGCAUUGGGAAGUGGUUUCAUGAUCUCAAGGCGUGCAUUGUGGGGUGGCACUUAUAGAUGGAUGUAGCAUGUCAGUCAUUGGGGUGUCCGACGGCUUGGGACGUAGCAUGACUCGGUGCCGGUUGGGUACUCGGCGGUCUAGUGUUUACUGGGUGGGCGGCUGCAUUGUUAGAAUUGCCAAUACAUUGUACCAUUGCGAUCUUGAGAUUGGUGGCCGAGUUAGCUAUUCUUGACCUUGUCCUGUAUUCUUCCCCAGUGAAGACAACACAAGAACAUGUCAGUCAGAUUCGCAGCACAAGUCUCGCCCG